AUGGGGCUCACAGCGCACAAACGCUCCACCACGACCAUCAUCGCGCAGCAGAGCCAUCCUCCAUCUGGCUCGGCUUACUGGUUGCAGUUCGAUCGCCAAGCGGAGAGCUUCCUCUUCCCGUCGAUCGAUCUGCCACAACGCGGCGCAGAAGGGGAGCAGCAACCUGCCGUGUUGAAUUUUGCUCGCGUCAAACGCCACUCUAGUCAGACCGCCGUGACGAGGCAGCGAGCGUAG